AUGUCCCAAACAAGCACGUCCUCAGCUGGUGGUGAUACUGGUGCCGCCGUUGAACUUGGCGCUACCUUACUUGGUUCUACUACCGUCACCAGAGGGAAAUACACUAGGAUAUGGCGUAAAAGUUUAUACAUAAGGUUCCUCAUUUCUGUGAAGAAGUCAGCAAGUUCCAGUGACAACCAUGAGUCUCCACCAUCACCGGACUCACCACUUCCUUCAAUACCAUACACUUCAUUUUCUCCUGCUAGAACCUCCCCUUCCGGAUCCUAUGUUACAAUUGAUGUAAGAGACGAAGAAGACUACAUUAACAAUAAUAUUGCUAGAAUUGUGAAGGCCCAGGACUUGAAAUCUCUACAUGAGCUUGGUGGGGUUGACUCAGUUUCCACUGUCCUUGGUGGUCAACGUCAACACUCGCAGCAGGAGGGGAACACCACCAUACCAUUACCAGUUCCUGAAAAAAACUUGUCCAAAUCUUUGUUGAACAGCUACAAAUGCUACCGUUGCACAAUUUUGUUGCUGUUGGUCUCAGCUGGGUUGUCAUUCGCCAUAGACUUCAAGCAGGAGGGACCUAAACAUGGUUGGCAUGAUGGUGUUGCUAUACUAUUUGCUAUUCUCCUGCUGGUUCUGGGAAAUUCAAUAGCAAAAUUUUUGCAUGAGAGCAAAAUGUUGAAAUUGGCGAAGAGAAAGAAUGAGUUGGAAUUCAGAGUUAAACGAGGUGAAGUGUCCCUAAUGGUUCCCAUAUCUGAUAUUGUGGUGGGUGACACAGUGUGCCUGUGGCCAGGCGAUGAGGUUCCUGCAGAUGGUUUGCUUGUAAGUGAUGGCAUCCUUGUGCUGGCUGAGCCUGAGGAAAUAAAAAGCAAACACAAGGAGAAGAAUCCGUUUCUUAUAUCUGGUUCAAAGGUGAUUGGGGGCCAGGGAAGGAUGUCGGUAGCAUCAGUUAGAAACAAAACCAAUUUGGUUAGAAACAAAACCUGUAAUUCUGAGAGGAGGGGCUUGUUGGAAAGUGUGAUUGAGGAGCCGAUUUCUUACGUUGACAUGGCUGCUCUUUCUAUCUCUGUACUGGUUGCACUUGUGGUAUUAAUUCGCCUAAUUUAUGGAAAAGAUGGGAACAAUGCAGGGUUGCCAGAAAUGAAAGGGAAGGUCAAAAUUGGCUUGUUGACGAAAGCCCUCGAGAGGCUUUUUUUGAGACCCCAAGGAAGGGUUUCCCUUUUCACAGGUCUUGUUACUGUUGCAAUACUUUGCGUGCAGCAUGGAAUGCCACUUGUGGUUACAAUUUCUCUCAAGUACCAGAUUGAUAAGGAAAUGCCAAGCGACGAUGCAGUUCUUAAUGAUUUGUCCGCUUGUACGACGAUGGGGUUGGUAACUGUCAUCUGUAUUGAUGUAUCAGGUGAGCUCAUAUCUAAACCAAUGAAAGUUAGCAGAAUAUGGAUGGGAGAGAAAGAUAUCAGCAUUGUUGAGGGACCAGAAACAGAAAAACCCGUGCUUGACAUGCUUAAACUAGGGGUUGGUUUAUCAGUCCUUGCACCAGAGACUUAUCUUUCCCCUGUGUUCAAUUCACUUGUCUCUUGGGCAGAAACAAAAUGGGAAAUGAACUUGAGAUCUUUCACUGAAGAAAAAUUUGACAUUCUUAAGCACAGCAAACUGAAAUCUGGCAAAGAAGGAAGCGGAGUUUUGGUGAGAAAAAUUGGGGACAGUGAAGUUCUGCACUUGCACUGGUGUGGAGCUGCAUCCGCAAUAUUGGAGAAGUGUUCACAAUACUAUGAUAGUAAAGGGAAUUGCCAUGCCAUGGAAAAUCAGAAAAUAAAAUUUGGGAAGGUGAUCCAAGAGAUGGAGGAUAGUGGCCUUAGUUCAAUUGCUUUUGCUUAUAGAGAAACAGAUGGAGAAGAACUUGAGCAAGAAGAACUGAUCUUGUCAGGUCUGAUAGGCCUGGAAUACACUAGUCAAGAACCCAUAAAAUCAGUUUUGGAAAGUCUCAGAAAUGCUGCAAAUGUACAGAUCAAACUGGUCUCGGAGGAUGACGUCGAGGAAGUGCAAGGCAUUGCUUGUGAACUAGGACUAGAACAAGGAGUUGUGCUAGAAGGUAAAAAGCUUCAAGAUUUGAAUGAGGAAGCUCGAUUAGUCGAAGUGGAUCGAGCCGAUGUAAUGGCAAGAUUUCUUCCUGAAGACAAACUUCUCAUGAUACAGUGCUUGCAAGAGAAAGGUAAGGUGGUUGCAUUCAUUGGGACAAGGAUGAUGAGUAGUCAUACUUCAGUUCUUAAGGUAGCUGACGUGGGGAUAGUUCGUGAUUCUCUGAGCCCAAGAGUGGAUAGAGAUAGUUGUGACAUAUCUAUCAAAUGUUUCAGUGCAUUGGAACCCAUUGUGAUGGCUGGCAGAAGUAAAUACCGCAAUAUUCAGAAGUUCAUUCAACUUCAGUUGACAUCUACAAUAUCAGGAUCAGUCAUAACCUUGAUUACGACAUGUGCUGGAGAUUCCCCCCUUGCACCAUUCCAGUUGAUUUGGGUGAAUGUUUUGAUGUGCAUUCUGGGGGGCCUAAUGAUGGUAAUGAAGUUAACCAGAGAGGAACAGCUUGCUAAACAACCAUCUGAUGAUAGGAAACAACAUAUUAUAGCCGGAGAAAUCUGGAAAAGCAUUGCUAUUCAGGUAUUAUAUCAGACUUCUGUAUCAAUGAUACUUGAGUAUGGUGGACAUAUUACUGACUGGGAGAAGAAAGUUAGGGAAACCAUGAUCUUUAACACGUUCUUAUUGUGCCAGAUCGUCAAUCUGCUGAACACCAUGCAGUUGUUGAGAAAGGAUGUUGCCAAGGUGGUUGUUCAGAGCUUCUAUUUCUUGGUUGCCUUAGGUUGCUGUUUUCUUAUGCAAGUGGUGGUGAUAGAAUAUGCUAAAGGCCUAGCAGAUUGCUUGCAGCUGAAUGCUACGAGAUGGAGUAUCUGUGUCAUGAUUGGUGCUCUUGCAUGGGUAUUUGAGUGGAGCAUGAAGAAUAUUCUUUCGGUUAUUUUCAAUCCUAGAACCAAUUCAGAAUCAAUUACUUCACGUUCUUUCUAUCCUUCUCCAUCUUUUACUUUUCUGACGCUACUUUUGUUCCCUCUAGGACUAAUUUUUACUCAGAUAGGCAUGAACAUAUCUCUUCGUUAG